AUGGGGUUAAGUUCUGUUGUUUCAGAGGGAAGUCCGACAAAUCCGCCUAGGGACGUGAAGGUGACGGUGUUGUCGGAGACGGACGUGCGGAUCACCUGGAAGGAACCUGCCCUGCCCUCCCCUCGGCCCACCUCCUACACCAUCACACGAAACAUCGUGGAUGAAACGGAUCGCCCUCAGGAUUUCUUCAACAUUGAACUAGCUCAGUCUAAGACCAGUUUCAAGGUGCAGGGACUGAAACCUUACACCACGUUUGCAUUCCACGUGCGAGCGUUCAAUAGCAAGGGAAGUAGUCCUGCCUCUGAAGUCGUCUAUGCUACAACAGAAGAAUCUGUCCCAAUAACCUAUCCAAAGAUACUCGAACUUACCACACCAACGCCUAACUCCAUCCUAGUUACCUGGCAACCAUUGACAAAAGCGGAGGCAAGGGGCAAGGUCGACCAUUACAUGAUCUUCUACCGCUGGAACUCAACAACAAGCAGCGCGAAGGUGUCCCCCGAUAAACACUCUCACACACUCACACACACCCAUCCCAACACCAUCUACAGUAUCCGGGUGCUGGGAGCCACAGCUAAGGGAUUCCCUCCCGUGGACAAGCUGAACCAGCCUUGGGAGAAGAUUACCACCCCACGACAGCCCACUCAAAAUGGCAACCUUGAUUUAGAGGUCACACGCUUGAACAACUCUGCCAUCUCCGUCAGCUGGAGGGUUCUUUCCAAGGAAGAGGAAGUCAGUGGAUAUCAGGUGAUCUUGGAGAAAGCCAUUGGCAGGGAACAGCUGGGGCCUUUCAGGAUACCAGCCUCUCAAAACUCCUCCGUAUUCACAAAUCUAGAGAACAACACCUGGUAUGAGGUUACAGUUGAAGCCUUCAGCACGGCAGGUGUGUUCAGCAAGACAAAGAGUGUGAGCACUCGGUCUCCCGUGGAUCUGCCUCCCCCACCCCAGGAACUGGACGGAGAGGCUCUGUCAGCCAACAGUAUCAAGGUGAACUGGAAACCCCCUCCGACGGACAUGACCAUAGACUCCUACACGGUCAACUACACUGUGUCAGACAGCUUGGACAUGAAGCCCAAUCUGACCAACAGCAAGAGUGUGCAAAGCACGUCUCAGAAUGUGAUUAUCAGUGGUUUGAAACCAUACACUUCCUACAGAAUUUCUGUGAAGAGUCAUACGAAGGGCAGCUCUGGAGAAUUCUCUAACCCCAUCCUUGUCAGAACUGCUGAAGGCGUUCCCUCAGCCCCCGUGGAUAUUGAGUGGACGCUCAAAACCCCGACGGAAAUCCGAAUCUCAUGGAGUCCACCUCGAAACACAAAUGGCAAGAUCGUAUCCUACGAGAUUAGCUACAGGGACAAACAGACUGAGGACUGGAAAAAGAUCAUUCAGAAUGGCUCGGCAAGUUCGCACUCUGUGAAGGAAUUAUACAAGAAGGAGUAUUUGUUCAAAGUCAGGGCUGUGACAAGCAAAGGAGCUGGGAAUUUCUCUACCAUCUUACCUGUGCUGAUCCCUGGAAAAGCCAGUACCUUGGCCCCUUCUCCUCCAACUGAAAGUACACUAAGGGAGCCAGUGUUUGACAUGAAGCUGGUAAUCAUCAUCUGCCUGGUGAUAGCUGCCAUUAUCAUCGCCAUAUUUGUGGUGGUGAUUAUCAUCAGAUACCGGUGUUUCAAUGCAUGCGGCCGUCGACCACCCCGACGUGCCCAUAGCAACCAUCGUCCUCCAGUUUGCGCUGGUAACGGAAAUCUUAACCACCACAGCAGUCACCAUGCCAACGGCCACGCCGUUCAAGUGCCCGCUGAUGAAGUCCAGCUAGAUACCUACUUCAACAUUCUGCCCACGCUGCCGGAGAACGAAAACCUGGAUGCUAAGGGUGGCGGAAAUGUGGUUGUGCGACCUCCUGCCUUUAAAAACGGCUUCACUAUCCCCAGUGAUUACCACAACGGCCAUAUGCACAAUAACAUACAUGCUGUGGAAGAAGACAAGGUUCGAGAGCCCUUGCUAUGUAAGAUGAGUGGCAAGAGCAAAGUGCCAGAUGGGAGGAGCUCUGUUGCUAAGGAGAGGACACUUGGUGACUCCUUGGAAGAUAUCGACCAUGGAGAUGCUGAUGUCUCCCAGGGUCCGGAGGAGGUUGACCUGGAUGAUUCGUCAACACCGUUGGUGUCAAAGUCCGCGCGCCGCGAGGAGGCAAAGUCGACGCACGGCACCACUACCUCACCCAGCGGUGGUGCGCUGGACCUCAGGAGGGGAGAUAACCGUGUCAUAGACGGGAUUGCUGACGCGAAGGGGAGUGGCACGUCUUCAAAUCAGGGACGCACUUUGCGAGGUGACUCCCAGAAAGCAGCGGGUCCGGAGGCGGGCUCAGGGGAGGAGUCACAGGGAGGAGGGGGAGGAGCAUCAGUGGCCAUGGGCCGGUUCUCAGGAAGCUCAGUGGAUGAGCCCAGUUUACCUCUGUCAGAGUAUCAGUCCAAUCAGACUUCUCAUCACAGCCAAGUGGGCGGGGCUGGCGGUGGGUUGGCUCCUCCCCUGGCCCCUCCCCCCCUGACAGGCAGCACACGUCCUCCGUCAAGUGGCGUCACUUUCACCUCUACCUCUGUACCUCAGGGCUUGUCCCAGCAACAACAACAACAACCAGGAGAAUCAUCAACACACCACACCAGUAACCUCAGUGACAGCACGUAUUCUCAGAGACUCCCAGGCCCUGCUGCUGACAUGGCCGCCGGCCAGCCUCAUAUCGCCACGGCAACCGGAGUCCCCUCAGGCCACACGGGUAACGCAGGCCUUGGCGACGUAGAACUUUCCUUAAAACCGAGCAACCUCGCCCUUCCCUUGGCAGCCGUGUCCGAUGGCACGUCCACGACCGGCGACGACAACAGACGUCCUCAGGCCAGUGCGUGA